AUGUCCAGCUUAACAUCUAUCUCGCAACCAGCACUGACUCCAUACCACCGCCUGUUUGGCAGGAUAGUCAUGUCCCCAUUACUAGCCGUACAUGCGGCACUGUAUCUAAAUUUCUUCGCUCAGUCCAGUCAUCCAGAUUUCGGAUCUUUGCUCGCAAAGCGCAUCCAAGACCCGGAUGUCCAGUGGGGAUUCGGCGGCCUGACCUUCGCAUUCAUGAUCCUGUUUUUUGUCCGGCCAUUGCGUACUGCAUUCUGGGUGCAAUUGUGGCCGACUUCUUCUGUUAAGGCUAGGAGGGAGAUGUUUUAUUAUGGGCAUGUUUCGUUAGUGGUGUUGUUGUGUAUUGCGGCGUAUUUCCAUGUGGCUCAGGCGCAGAUCUUCGUGAUUGAGGCCUUGGGUGCCUCAGCUCUCAAUGGGGUGUGUGGGUUGCUGCUGGGGUAG